AAUGCAGCAACUUUUGAAGAUAUUGAGAAACCAACAUCAACUUACCAGAAGACCAAGCCGAUAGAAGCUGUUGCUAAUAAAACAAGCAGCAUCCGAGCUAACUUUGAAAACUUAGCCAAGGAAAAAGAGCAGGAAGACCGAAGGAAGGCAGAAGCUGAGAGGGCACAGAGAAUGGCCAGGGAGAAACAAGAACAGGAGGAGGCUCGAAGGAAACUGGAGGAACAAGCUAAAGCCAAAAAACAAACUCCACCACCAUCUCCUACCACGCAGCCAGCUGAGCAGAAGGCACCCUCAAGCCCAGUCUAUGAGGAUGCAGUUUCCUAUCAAGCAGACUCUGCCUACAAGAAUUCCAGCACAACAUAUUCAGCUGCGCAUGAGCCAGAGCCCAGCUACAAAGCUGCAGAGUCGGACUACCAAGAAGCAGGGAGUCAGCGAGAGGCAGAAUAUGAACCAGAGACUGUGUAUGAAGUGGCAGGGGCAGGAGACCAUUACCAAGCAGAAGAAAAUGCUUAUGAUGAAUACGAAAAUGAACUUGGAAUUACAGCCAUAGCCCUUUAUGAUUAUCAAGCUGCGGGUGAUGACGAGAUUUCCUUUGACCCAGAUGACAUCAUCACAAACAUAGAAAUGAUCGAUGACGGCUGGUGGAGGGGUGUCUGCAAAGGCCGAUAUGGGUUGUUCCCUGCAAAUUACGUGGAGCUGAGACAAUAAAGACUAUUGUCUACUGGUUAUGCCUUAAUUCCCCAGUCAAAAAAUCUGACUUAAUACACUACAAAUCAUGAUGCUUUUCUGAGGAUGGAGGGGUAUAUACAUAUUGCUUUUAUAUUUAAUACUUUGCUGAUGCUUUUUAAAAUGUUUAUGCCACAGAAAUCGCUAAUAUAUUGUAACUACUAUGUUCUUCACUAUGGCUCUUAAAAUUAUUUUCAUGCAUUUGGAAACAUUUCUUCUCUGCCAAAUUAGCAAUUGUCAUAAAAAGCCUUCUCAAGGACAAUUAGCUGUCUGUUGUAAUAUUGCAUGUUUUACUCAUAAGUGAGCGGAUUUACUUAGUGUUUAAGUCUAGUUAGUCUUCCACUAAAUGUUUCCAGCUAAGAAAAUCAUGGCUAUGCAAGUUAUUUGCAUUUCUACUAAGCGGGAGCGGGGAGGACUGGGAAGG